AACAAGUCCCAGCCGCCCGUUCCGCUCGCUCUCGCCUUCGCCACAUCCGUUCUUCUCCUGUUCUACCGUUCGCUGCCUCUCGUCGCCUCCCGGUCUCUUCCAAACCCUACCAUCUCUGCAGCGGUCCCUUCUCCGCUCCUCGAGUUGGUCGCGGUGGAGUCGUCCGCGUCCCUCGAUUGGGACUGCGGAUCCAGCUAGCGACCUCCGUAACCGAGAUCCUCUGUGUCCUCGCGUCUUGGAUGGUUCAUGCUGGGGGUUCGGUUGGCGUCCCGUGGCGGAAUCCAUGUCUAGCUCCGCCUAUGACGUGAAUCGCGCUGCGCCUUAUCGGAUUGGGUCCGGCGCGUGUGAUGUCGGCGCCGCAGGAUUUUCUCGGGUUGGUUCUUCCGCAAGUUUGUUUCGGAGCUCGGUUCGUCUGCCCUUGGAGGAUAGGGUAUGCUGGCCGAGGCCGAUGUCGGCCUAGGUGGAGUAAUCGGCGGACCAAAAGAUUGUAUGUUGGGGUCGUUUCGGAUCGAACAAGGAGGUGGAGAUGCGGCGCGUCCAUACCCUCGGCCGGAAACAACAACCCUAGCUUGAGCUCCGCUAAGAGAACCGCCGAAGCUCAGAAAAUAUUGGUUUCAGGGCGUCUGGCAGAGGAGCUGCCAAAUGAGGAUUCGGAAUCCCAGACGAUGCGGUUGUCGUCCAGCUUCACAAACUACCAAGAAGACCCUUUGGUGGACAAGUUAAGGACGCAACUGGGGGUGAUUCACCCCAUCCCUUCUCCGCCGAUCAAUAGGAACAUCGUUGGCUUCUUCGUGUUCUUUUUCUUUGUCGGGGUUGCUUUCGACAAGGUUUGGACCACGAGGAAGAGGAACAAGUCAGAUCGCAAUGUUAAGAAUGACACAUGGCCUCAGGUGCCGAGUAGCUUCUCUAUAUUCUUUGAGAAGGAUCUUCAGAGGAAAGAGUCGGUGGAAUGGGUGAACAUGGUUUUGGGUAAGUUAUGGAAAGUGUAUAGGUCUGGGAUUGAGAACUGGAUUAUUGGAUUGCUACAGCCAGUAAUAGAUAACCUUAAGAAACCUAGUUAUGUGCAAAGAGUUGAAAUUAAGCAGUUCUCACUAGGUGAUGAACCACUAUCAGUCAGGAACGUCGAGAGGAGAACCUCCCGCUGUGUUAACGACUUGCAGUAUCAGAUUGGACUUCGUUAUACAGGUGGCGCAAGGAUGUUGUUAUCGUUGUCUUUAAAGUUUGGGAUUGUCCCAAUUGUUGUACCUGUUGGCAUUCGUGAUUUUGAUAUUGAUGGAGAGCUUUGGGUUAAGUUACGGUUAAUACCAACUGAACCUUGGAUAGGAGCCGUAUCAUGGGCUUUUGUUUCCCUACCAAAGAUUAAGUUUGAGCUCGCCCCAUUUCGUUUAUUUAAUCUUAUGGCAAUUCCUGUUCUUUCGCUGUUCCUUACAAAACUUCUAACUGAAGAUCUGCCUCGUCUCUUUGUGCGUCCAAAAAAGAUUGUUCUUGAUUUCCAGAAGGGGAAAGCACUUGGUCCUGUUCCAGAUUAUUUUAAAACUGAAGACAUUCAGGAAGGAAAUAAAGAUUUUGUUGGGGAGUUAUCAGUGACCUUAGUCGAUGCCCGUAAACUUACUUAUGUUAUAUUUGGAAAGACAGAUCCAUAUGUUGUUUUAAGCCUUGGUGAUCAAGCAAUUCGAAGUAAGAAAAAUAGCCAGACAACAGUUAUUGGUCCUCCUGGAGAGCCAAUCUGGAAUCAGGAUUUUCAUCUUCUUGUUGCAAAUCCUAGAAAGCAGAAAUUGUAUAUCCAAGUAAAGGACUCUUUUGGUUUCGCAGAUAUUACCAUUGGCACAGGAGAGGUUGAGCUCGGUUUGCUUCAAGAUACAGUACCGACAGACAAAAUUGUAGCGUUGCAAGGUGGGUGGAGUUUGUUUGGGAAGCAAUUGUCUGGAGAAUUGUUGCUCCGCCUCACGUAUAAAGCUUAUGUUGAAGAUGAAGAAGAUGGGACAGAAAAGGAGCUUGUAGAUAGUGAUGCAUCUGAUGAUGAAAGCACAGAAUAUGAACAGGCAGAUGAAUCAUAUGAACAGAGUUUUAGUGAUUACCCCAUUGGAGGAGAAAGGGAGUCCUUUAUGGACGUCCUAGCAGCUUUGCUUGUCAGUGAGGAAUUUCUGGGUAUAGUGUCAUCUGAGACAGGAAGUUCCAAAGUUUCUGAGCAAUCUGCUUAUCCAGAAUCUUCAGUAUCAAAAACAUUUGGUCGUGAUGCAGAAAUAUCCGUUUUUGAUGCUGAUAGUGCUUCAGGUGGUUCCAGAGGUACUCCUGCUUCCUUUCCUGAUUUUAGUUCGUUUCAUAAAUUUUCAUUAAUCCAACUAGAGGUUCUGCUUUUUGUAGAUUCGCCUCUUGUUUGGCUUGCUAUGAUAACGAGUAUAGCUGUGCUGAUUGCCAUUAACGUGGGCAGUUCAGGCUUCUUCAACCCUUGAUAUAAAUGAGGGCUUUUGACAGUGUGGUUCACUGACUUCUGGUGUGAACCUUCAGGAUCAUCAAACUAAUAGAUGGUCUGAUCUGCUUACUGGCAAUUUCUUCUUAUUGAAUUUUGGUCAUUUUGAUAAGCAUUUGGCUCUAACUUUCUUUUCAUUAUUCAGCUGCUUUUAGUCACGGGUGCAGUAUGAUCACAUUUGGGAAGGACUGGUGUUGUUUUAAUUUUUGUAAAUUUUACUGCUUAAGAUUAGACUAUCUUAUCCAAAUUGUUUACUGUAAUCUCUUAAAGCAUUACAUGUAUGACGUUAUUUACAACUGAGUUAGUGUAGAGAAAUCUUCAUGCCAGUGAUUUGUAAAAUUAUGAUUUGUUAGCAGCUCGAGGUUAUUAGCUCGUGUAGAUAUAGAAGCCAUUUGAUGUAUUCUACUUCUUCUUGCAUGCUUUUGCAUCUUAUUUUAAAACUCUUGAAUUUAUGUCUUUUCCUUUACAAUAAUCAUACUCCCAAUUGACGGUUGAUUGACAGAUGAUUAUUAUCUGAUUCUUCUGCCAUAAUGUAUUUGCUCGAGUAUUAUUUGCAAAUCCACUUCAGUUAAUUUUUAUGAAAGCUUUUACAGUCCUUGCUUCAU